GAGGUCAACUAUACCUUUCACAAGCAAGUUCUUUUCAGCUGCUUACUGGAAAAAAUAGAUAGAUCUAAAUUUAUGUUAGUUUUCACUAUGGGACUGGAUACAAACAUUACGCAAACAGAUUUUAAGUGUACGAUAAGGAGAAAGUUGUUUUUGACAGUUUCAUAUUUCAGUUUAUUUCAUGUUGUCUUAUGCCAGUUUGGUGGAACCUUUGCCUUUUUUUUGUGUGGUGAUGUUCAAAGAAAGAUCAGAGGAUGAAAAUACUGAAUUAUAUUAGUAUACUUCUUUGGUAUCUAUCAUGGGACUACCUGAAUUUGGUCCCUGUGGUUCUGGGCCAUGAUGAACAAGGACAAAGUCAACCAGGAACUAAAGUAGGGAUUUCUUUAGGGGGAGGAAAAGAUAAAACCCCAUUGCUGAAGGUUAACACAUCUAGAACUGGAAACUUGGGCCAUGAGGUUGGUCUUCCAAAGAACAGGGCUAAGAGUGCUGGUGUUCAACCAAAGAUUCUUCCAAUUAAAAGUGAUGACUUGAAGAAGCAAGUUGCAAAAGGUUCUGCUCUAGAAAUCAAGAAUGAGGACUCUGAGAUAAAACAACCAGGUUGGAAAACUGGAAAUCCACAGCCUCAACAACAGAUUGGUGGUAGGGCCCCUACAAAAAUUGUUAAUGUUCAUGCAGAUUCUCCUGGGUUCAAGCCUAAAAAGUCUACAAACCCACAUAUAGAGAAAGAACAAAAAGACACUUUUAAACACCCCCUUAUCACUCCUCAUGAAUACAUGCUGUCAUUGUAUCGAACUCUAUCCGAUGCUGAAAAGAAAGGCAUUAACGGAAGUUUGAAACUGGAAGCAGGACUAGCUAACACCAUCACCAGCUUUAUAGACAAAGGACAAGAUGAAAAAAUGACAAUGACGAGACGACAAAAAUACAUUUUUGACAUCAGUGCCUUGGAGAAAGAUGGCUUACUAGGUGCAGAGUUGCGUAUACUUAGAAAAAAGUCAACUGAUUUAAAAUUUCAACUGUCUGGAAAAUUCUCACAGAUAAAGUUAUUCAGUUGCCCAGCAAACAAAAAAGCAGCAAUACUUCUGGAUUCUAGACCUAUUGGCAAUAUUGAUUUAUCAAAAUGGGAAGUCUUUGACAUAUGGAAGCUGUUUAAAAAUUUCAAAAACUAUGCUCAUUUGUGUUUUGAACUUGAGGUUUUGGAUAAGGGAAAGCCCAUUGACUUAAAAAAUCUGGGAUUUAACAGAACUGGAAGACAAACAAACGAGAAAGCAAUUUUUCUUGUCUUUGGAAGGACAAAAAAACGUGACUUAUUUUUCAAUGAGAUAAAGGCUAGAUCAGGCCAAGAUGAUAAAACUGUGUAUGAAUAUUUGUUCAAUCAGAGAAGAAAGAGAAGAGCCCCUCUUUCAACUCGUCAAGGGAAGAGGCCAAAUAAGAAUUCAAAAACAAGAUGCAGCAAGAAACCCCUUCAUGUUAACUUCAAGGACAUGGGUUGGGAUGACUGGAUUAUUGCACCUUUAGAGUAUGAGGCAUAUCAUUGUGAAGGAGUUUGUGAAUUUCCUUUGAGAUCCCAUUUAGAACCUACAAAUCAUGCAGUAAUCCAAACGCUAAUGAACUCAAUGGACCCAGAGACUACACCUCCAACCUGUUGUGUUCCAACUAGGUUAAGUCCAAUAAGCAUUCUUUAUAUAGAUUCUGCCAACAAUGUAGUGUACAAGCAAUAUGAAGACAUGGUAGUUGAAUCUUGUGGUUGCAGGUAGCAAGACCAUUCUUUGAAACUUAUUUGUAAACACUUAUGAAUCAAGGAUGAACAUUUAAAAGUGGGGUUACCAUUGAAAAAUAUGUCAUAUAAAAUAUGUUAUAUUGUUAUAGAGUAUGAUGAAAUGUUGCUGUUUUUAAACUUUGUGAAUACAGAAGAAAAACAUACAUGAAAACAUAUGGCAUAAAAGGUGUUCAAGAAAGGAACUGCAAAUCAGUAGAAGAUUAAAAGUAUAGACUUAACAUUGAUGAUACUUAGAGUGUAAAUAUUGAUACCAGCGUUCCUUCAAGAUUGCUAAUGACCGCAGAAAAAAAGAUUUUUUUUAUUGAAAUAUAGAUGUUCUUCCAGAACCAUCUUAUACCUUGUUUUCUUUUAAACAGGCCAAUUGUAUUUGUAUAGUUAUUUUGAGGAACCCAUAAUAAACUUAGUAUGGAUGCUUUAGUGUCUGGAGUAUUUCAAGAACGCAACUGGAAACAAU